UGGCGUGGGGGGGGUGUAGACAAAAGUCGGCAGUCGAGGGGGAGCCGUGGACACAGCGGAGCGGCCCGGGACACUCUCGUAGCGUACAUAGACACAGACACUCACGUUACUCAUUCUCGCGUUCCGCUUAGAGCGUCGCUUUCCGCAUCGGCUUCGUUUGGUCUCUCUCUCUCUCGCUGAAGUCAACGUCGUCCACGUCAGUAAGCAUUGACGCGCGCAGUGCCAUGGCCCAGGAGACGAACCAGACGCAGGCGCCCGUCAUGUGCGCCAUGGGAUGUGGGUUCUACGGGAAUCCCCGCACCAGCGGCAUGUGCUCGCUGUGCUACAAGGAGCACCUUCAGAGGCAAAACUCCAGCGGACACCUGAGUCCGGCGGGCAUGAGCAGCGGCCUGGCGGACAGCGUAGCGUCACAGAUGGUGGAGGCGGCCUCCAGUUUGCCGAAGGACACGCUCUCUUCUGCGUCGUCGCCCUCAUCAGUUACAGCCAGCUCGAUGUCCGCCCCCGCCGCGCGACAGCCUUCGCCGGACUGCUUGCAGAUGACGUCCAUGAAUAUCAGCGAGAAGGAGGCGUGCACGGCGGAGGAAGACGGCGCGCAAGCAGCAGCAACGUCGUUGUCGUCCUCUGAGCUGGGGAAGCCGUCGGGCGAGGAGACGGAAGAGAAGGAGACCAAUGACAAGCAAAAGCCCAAGAAGAGCCGCUGUUUCUCCUGCCGCAAGAAGGUCGGCCUCACAGGCUUCCAGUGCCGUUGUGGGAACAUGUAUUGCGGGCUCCACCGCUAUUCGGACAAGCACGAAUGCCCGUACGACUACAGGUCCGAAGCGGCCGAGAAAAUCCGCAAGGAGAAUCCCGUCGUGGUCGGUCAGAAGAUCCAGAAGAUUUGAAAAACUCCCGACCAAUAAAAUAUAUAUAAAAAAAAAACACAAAUAACAAAAAAAACACGCGAAUUGAAAAAAAAGCAUUGGAUUUAUCGAAUUCCUUAACUUAAAACUGUAUUCCUGUUCCUGGUCAGACAGACGUCACAUUUUAGCGCCUUUAACAUUUGGGCAGUGAUCUGUCUUUGCUUGAACGACAUCUGGAUUUCUGCCCUUUCUGAAGGCUCGCCAUGGAGGUGUGUUAAACAUCGCAGCAAGCUCCGGAUAGGCUAAUCAGUAUUUGAGUGCUCCCAACUUGCUCGAUCCUGCCUGCAUCAGUCACUUGUAAAUAUUUCCUGCUGCCUGCAAAACUUUGUUCCUUUUUCUCUCACCGCUCAAGGGAGUUUUAUUUUGAUUUUUGUUAUCGUUUGUUGCUAUUUACAAACGUACGCUUGAUACAUUACACAUAAGCUUUUAUUUUAUUUUUUACUUUCGUCCCCCGAUUUCUCCGGCGCGACGUAGUUGGAUUGGUGGCUAGGCAAGUCGCGGGGAAGAAGGCGCGCAUGCGCGCCCCACCCCCCUUUCCGUUCUGCACAAUCUCGGCCAAAUCGCGGCGUCUUUCACUUACUUAUUUUGUUUUGCCCCCCCUCCCCUUUCCGUACGUUUGUCCGUGUUGUCGCUAGGUUUGAACUGUUCAGGUUGCAUCGUAAAGCUUGGAACAUUUCGGCCGAAAAAAAACGACGAGACCCAAACUGAGGAUGUUUUAACGCUGUGAUUAUUUGCGAGCUCAGUUUUCUUUUUGUUCGUUAAGGUCCGUUUUUUUUUUUUACAGGUCAAGAGAGACAAAUUCCUGGUUCAUAAUGAAUAAUUCGGUCGUCCUUGUGAAAAGUUUUUUUUGCGAGUGGUGCAUCACAUCUUUUAGGCCGUGCGUGUUUUCGGUCGUCAUUUUUUAAAUUCUGUGUUAAUCCUAACCACCACCCUGGCCCCGUAGCUUACAAAGUGGGAGACACGGGCUGCUUCAUGUACAUCGUGGUUUUUAUUAUUUUUGACGGCGUGCGUAAAUGCGUUCGCGGUUGCUGCGCGGUUGCGGGAGAGAGCGGGUAGAGCGUGUGGUUUAGUGUACUAUUAUUAUUUGGUUUGCUUCUCCAAACUAUUCAGCUGGACAAACAAAAACCAUCUAUCCUUGUAUUAUAUUGUAUAAUGCUAGAUUUUACUUGGUCAUUUUAUUGCUCUCCCCCUACCCUCCGUUUUUUCUUGCAUUAAGUGUGAAUGUUUUAAGCCGAUCGUCGAGCGGGGGCGGGACCGUUGGAUAUUUCACGGGCUUCUCCCUCUGGUGGCGGUCGGUGGAGGUGUGCGUGCAGUGUGUGUCGUGGGUUCGGGGGGGAGACAGCGGUUCGGGAGGGGGGAGAGUGGAACAGUUCGUGGGACGGUCGCAGAGUUGCUCGCGUGUUUAACCGGUCAUCGCAGCUGUUACUACUCCCUGCUGCGUUUGACAUCUUGCAAUUGUGACAACCAGACUACUACUACUACUACAACGUUGUAAACAUAUUAAAACAAAUGACCUCUUGGCACCCAUCCACCCGUGGGGGAUACGGUCAGCACAAAAUGUCUGUUCCCUGUUACCCCCCCCCCCCCCCCUUGCUCCUGCAGGCUACUUUUAAAUCUCUUGAACGUCUUGGCUUGACCCUGGUUACUGCACCCUCUCGCCCCUUGGUUUUCUACAGAGUUCUAUAUUUAUGUGUUUUGGGGAGGGAGGUGUGGAUGAUGAGGCUUGCCACGCUUGAAGAAGCCAGUGUGUCGGAUUUCCUUUUUUUUUCUUUCUCGGAUGAAAAUAAAAAUUUGAUUUUUAAUUACGGUA